GAGAGAACAAAAUCGCAGUGUUGGAGUGUGAUUUCUUAAAUAUUAAUUUUGAAAAGGAGUCAUUGUUUUCUGUGGAGGAUUGGAUACUAUCUGCUGCAUGGACUGAUAAUGAUGAACAUAUUGUAACAGUUUCUAUGCACAAUGUUGUUCACCUUUGGUCAAAGGAAUUUGAAUUAAUUGAGAAAAAAUGUUGCCAAGAGAAUUGCAUUCUGUACAGUAGCCAUUUGGUUAAUAACUUAUGGACAGACAUUAUCGUUCUGGCAGGAACAGUGUUUAGCCAGAUAUUAAUAUGGUGGCCUUAUAAAUCUGGUGGAGGUAAUGUUUGUCCUAUUCUAGCCAAAUUAGACGGGCAUAAGGGCGUAAUUUUUUCCAUUGAUUGUAAUCAGAAGACUGGAAUAAUAUGUUCAACAUCGGACGACCGAUCUGCUAUUCUGUGGUCCAUUCCAAACAAGAAUUUAGUGGCUGAACUUUUGCAGCCAGAACCAAAGAUCAUCUUGAAAUAUUCAAUGUAUGGUCAUACAGCUCGAGUAUUUCGUUGUUUGGCACUUGAUGAACGUAUAUUAACUGCAGGUGAAGAUUCUUUGAUCAACGUAUGGGAUUUGGAGGGAAAUUUGAUAAAGAGAUUUGAGGCGCAUACUGGAUCUCCAGUGUGGGCAUUAGAUUAUGAUAGUGAGAAUGGUGUAUUAGCAACGGCAGGAGGAGACUGUGGAGUUACCCUUUUAUCUUUGAAUGACAACAUUGACAAACAAGAAGUUGAGGUCGUUAAUAAGCACACACUGAAAAAAGUUGGUGCUUUAAAUAAUGCAAAUUUAGUGGGAAUUUCAGAAAGGGGAAUGAUAUUACUUUAUCUUUCAAGUUCAAAGAUAUGGAUGGAAGUAAAACAACAUAAUGACUUAAUAAGCUAUGCAUUGUUGGAUGUUUGGAAGAAAACCAAUUCGAUAGCGUUUGCAGGAUACUAUGGAACUCUUCACAUUUACAAUCAAGAGUCAAGCAAGCUAAUCCAUGUCUGCAGUUAUUCCACAGAAAGUAAAUCAAGGGUAUUUUCAUUACACUGGUUGAGCGAAAAUAAUGUUUUAACAUGUGAAGCAGAGGGAGUUGUUUACAUUUGGCUUAUACAAAAUCACUCCAUUGUACUGGAAACACACUUAAAGUUACCUCCUAGUAAAGAACGAUGGACAACUUGUGCGUGUCUUUGUGGAGAGAAACGCGUCGCGGUUGGCGACCGAAAAGGAAAUGUUUACAUUUAUAGGUUUGACAAUGCUGAUCCUAUACAAGUAAUAAGAAAAGCCCAUAAUUAUUUGGGUAUUACUAACUUACACUUUAGAAAUGAUUACUUAACAUCACUUGGUAGGAAUUCCCUUAUCAAGAAGUACAAAUUUGACCAGUCUAAGCAGCAGUUUAUUCAUUUAUCAUCUGAUAAAGUACCGUUUUCUUGGACAGCAGCAAUUUGCUACCAUAAAAACUGUAUAUUACUCCUCGCUUUUUUAGGGAAAGAAUUUAUUGUAUGGGAUUAUCAGAAUAGACGUACACUUUUACAAUUCGAUUGCGGAGGAGCACAUAGGUCAUGGGACUUUUGUAAAUUAAGCGGCGCAAUGCAAUUCGUCUUUAUUAAAAAUAAAAGGGUUUGUUUAGUGAAAUCUGAUAUGAAUCUUUUGAAAACAUUACACAUUAUGGGAAGUUUUCACUGUAGCGAAAUCAAUGCUGUUUUUUGUUUUAAGCAUUCCACUGCUGAUAAAUACGCAUUACUUUCUGGUGGAGAAGAUACAACUAUACGUUUAUCUGAAAUUGAUUGGGGCAUUCCACCAGUGAAGUUUAAAAAUAAAAAUAUUUUCAAAUCGCAUCUCUCUAGUGUUAGAGCUAUAACUGCAUGUCUUGUUCAGUCAGAUUCAAACUACGAACGAUAUCUAAUAUCUUCAGCAGGAGGCCGAGCUCAAUUAAUGUUGUGGGAAAUCGAAAUUAACAGAAAUGACAAUUCCGUUAAUUGUAGUGAAAGGUGUUCUCACUAUGAAGCCCUUUCUUCCGACGAGUCUGAAACUCGAAUAAUGGAUCUUUGUUCGGUAUUGACAACAAAAGGAUUAAUCUUACUUGCAGCUACCUCAAAUGGAACUCUGAGGGUGUUUUUGGCUGAUACUGAUGAAGAAAAUAGUUACAGUAUGAGCCCAGUAGGAGAAGUAUGUUAUAAAGCAAUUUGUAUACUCAAAGAGGACACGUUACAUUUUGGAAUUUUACAGACUAUAUUUUAUCUCGAGAAACAUCAAAAAUUAUUCAAGACGACGAUCAAUAUAAAAGUAUUGUAGAAGAUAUUUCUGCUGUUGCUACUAUUCAACUUCACUCUGGAGGAAUCAACAGUGUGGAUUGUAAGGUAGUCGACUGUAGUAGGUGCUUACUACUUACAGGUGGGGACGAUAAUGUAAUCAUUUUCAUUUUACUCUCAUUAAGUGUCAAA